AUAGAUGGAUGUUUGUGCUUUAUGUUACAAAAGUAUUUUAUAACAUUGAAAUUCAAAUAUAUUCUGAAAUAUUUGUCUGAUGCCUAAAUGAAUCAAGGUUUUAUAUAGUAUUUAUUGAAUAAUAUAUGUUAUGUAACAUUUAAAUCAUUUACAAUGUAGACAAAACAAUUAACAAAUACUAAAUAUGAGUGUUGAUAAUAAUAAAAUUACUGAAUCAGCAUCCCCACCACCACCAUCACCACUAAAGAAUUUCAUUGCUGGCGGAGCUGGAGGAAUUUGCCUUGUGGUCACUGGCCAACCUCUAGACACAAUAAAGGUUCGUUUGCAAACACAAAAUGUCAAAGCUGGUGAAACCCCUCUUUACAGAGGUACAUUUGAUUGUGCAAAAAAAACUGUUCAAAGUGAGGGCUUUCGAGGUUUGUACAAAGGCAUGGCAACACCACUAAUUGGAAUCUCUCCAAUAUAUGCUAUUUGCUUCUUUGGUUUUGGUGUAGGAAAAAAAUUGCAAACAACUGACGUCAAACAAGAAUUAACGUUGCCACAGAUAUGGAAUGCUGGUAUGGUAGCUGGCGUUUUCACAACUGUUAUAAUGGUGCCUGGUGAAAGAAUCAAGUGUUUGCUACAGAUUCAAGCUGGCGACCCCAAAAAUGCUAAAUACAAUGGAGCAUGGGAUUGUGCUAAAAAGAUCUACAUGGAAGAAGGUUUCUUCAGAGGGAUUUAUCGUGGAACUGCAGCAACUUUACUUCGUGAUGUUCCAGCCAGCGGUGCCUAUUUCAUGGGUUACGAGAUGUUGUUACGGUAUCUAACACCUGAAGGAGAAAGCCGAGCACAUCUUAGUCCAUUAAGAGUCCUCGCUGCUGGAGGCACUGCUGGUAUACUUAAUUGGAUUGUUGCCAUAGGACCCGACACCUUGAAAUCUCGAUUUCAAACAGCACCUCCUGGAACUUACACCGGCGUGCGUGAUGUCUUUCAAAAAUUAGUAAGACAAGAAGGUGUAUCGGCUUUGUUUAAAGGAUUAACUCCAGUUAUGCUUCGUGCUUUUCCUGCAAAUGCGGCAUGUUUCCUUGGUUACGAAGUCACGAUGAAAGCAUUGAACACGUUAUGGUAGAGAGUUAUUAGUUGGCUGUAUUAUCCACUGUAUAAAUAUUUUUUGAAGAUUCUCUCAAUGUAAUUAUUUCCAUGCUGGAGAUUUAUAUUUUAAUGCUUUUUAUUUUCAAAAAUGACAAGAAGCUAAAAAAAAAGCUAGCUCGAAAAUUCAUAAAAAAAGCUUCUUCGAACAAAGCUUUCCGUUGCGAUAAAAUAUAAAGUCAAUUAAGUUAGAUGAUUAUUUUUUUAAAAAAAAAUAUUUCUUGUGAGCUCACAAAGUUAGCCUUACCUUAAUAAACCCGACACGUUGUUAAAUUUUUCUAUAUAACAAGUACACAUAGCCACCAUUUUACAUUAUGUGUUGAAUUCGCGUAGUUUUAUAUGUUGGUACCAAAUAUUUUAUGUAAUUUGAGCCAACUUGUAAUCUAGCAAAUUAUCAAAUUAGUCGUUCUCACUUCCACAUUUGGUCAGUAAGCUGGUAGUAUUUUUGAAUAAAUUUGACGUAUUUUAGACGUAAUUGUUUAGUAUUUGAAAAUACAGUAGAAUCCCGUUUAGUCGUACCCUGGGUAACAUUCGUUUUGUCAUGCGGAUUUCUUUUUCCCCUUGGAUUUAACGACCCUAAUGAAGCCAAAAUACUCCGCUUAAGUCAUAGCCCGGAUAUCUUGGACAUCGGACGGACAUCGUUUAGUCGGACGAAUUUCCUGGAGAGAAAUCCAAAAAAUGUUUCGGCCAAAAGUUCGUGUGAACUUCUUCUUUUUGCUCCUCUGACUUUUGACGCACUUUUUAGGGAUUCUGGUAACCACAACCACCACCACUUGUUAAGAAGUUUUUUUUAAAAUUAUUGUACUAAGUGCAACUGUGUUUUUAAUAAAAACAAUGUAAACAUUUUAGCUUAUUUGUAGUUGUGGAGAAAUACUUUGCUAGCACUAUA